AUGGUCAUUCCUGAUCUCGCAAAUCCCGCAUGGAGCAUGGGCCCUGCCAUCAUGGUUGGCGGUCGUAGACGCCGCAGCACGCGCCGUUCCAAUGCACUGCGCUCUAACACUACGCCCAACCUCAGCCUUGACUCACUCGCCGGGAUGGAGAAUGCGAGUGGUGUCACCGCAGGACUGGGUACGUGUCCAGUUGAAAACUCGCAUGUUUCAUCUUCUUUUGAGCCCUCGGAAUCCAUGGUCAACCACUACGCAUUCAACAGUGGCCCCCCGGUUGAUUGUCACCGUUCUCCUAUCUCGCGCCCGUUCGAUGGCUCUUUGAGGAUGCCGGUCGCUCACUCGCCGACACCCACAACAGGUAGUGCAUCAACAACGGCGACAGAGAGUAGGAGAAAGCAUGGCAAAUUCGGCUUCAUGUCAAAGGAUCAAGACCGUCCCGAAAGGUCACAUGAGCCUGCUCAUCAACUAUCGCCUCUUCCACCACUUACUCCUGUGAAAGCCGCGCAAUUACUAGGUGUCGACGCUGGUCCUGGUAGGAUUCGGAGCAACUCUGAAGGUCGUCGAUCACAGCAUGAUGACGGUUACGCUGGUCCACCAGUAUGGCCGACAUCGACAUGGCAAGCCCCCACGCCAGCUCUUGUCACUUCCAAAGGCGUGUCGAGUAAACAGACAAAAUCCAAGGAAGAAGGCAUUGACCCCGAUCUGCCUAAGGUCAAGAGCUUCUGGGGGAACCGCAACAAGAAAGCUCAGCGAAUGUUAGGCCUACUCCCAUCUGCCGUUUCUAAUUCCAAACGUGAAGCUGACAUGGAGCCUGUCGCGGCUGUUUCUUUGGCCCGGCGUACAGAGGAUGAUACUGAUGCAUACUACUGUAGCGAAUCCGAACUUGAUGCCCACUCUCGUUUGCUUCAUUCGGCUGCGCGCCCGAGCUCCGAAGUUCCAAGAAGACGUAUGCGCAAGAAGGUUCCCAAGUUACUCGAUAGAAUGGCUCCCAUCAUGGAGACAUCACACGACGAGUUGCGUUCAUCCUACCACAACAGCGAACAUAACCCUGAGCUGGGUGUUAUCUCUGAGUACGAACAAUACAAUCCUUUUAUCAAGCCGCCGCUGCCCCAGUUACAUACUGAGUCACUGCUUACACUCGAUCCCAGGUACGAACUGGAAGAGGACGAUCUCUCACCUACAGACCAAGUCGUAGAAGCAGAGGCUGAAGAAGGAGAGGAAGAGUUUGCGAUACACCCUGGGAAUGCGUUAGACGUCCAGAACAUUGUGGAUCAGCCGCCUGCGGUGUUUCGUCUGCGGAGCCCCCUACAAACGGUUGAAGGUCGAUUGCUCGACGAGGCAGAGGCCCAACUAGCGAUUGGCAUGGCUCAGCAAAACCGCAAUGACGCUGCCAGACUCAUCCUCGACACCGACUACGCUGAUCUUAAAGCAUCCAACGAAACCAUGAGGAUGGAAUUCGCAGCCGCAAAGCAUGGCGUGACCUGUGAAGCGCGUGAGCUUUUCGAUGGUGCUGAUAGCGAGGAUGACGAGGACUUGAUCUCAAUCUGCAGCAGCAUUGACCUGGACGAAGAACCCACCGUGCGUGUCGCCAAGGUGAUACCAUUCACUCGUAUCACACCCGGUAUGGUCAAGCUCGUCGACAUUCCCCCCAGGAAGAAGAAGCCGGUCGCACCAGCCGUCCCGAUACCCUUGCUAGCUUUGUCCAGCCAGCUGAAGGCGCCGUUCAAGGCGGCAGGAGCCUACUACUUUCAACAUGACGACCGGAUUAGUCCUUUCAACGAGCGCAGUGAGCACGCGGAGCUUACCGUGAUGCCUGGUCACCUUACCGCUAGGAACUACAACCGCACCAACAAGGACAAGAAACCGAAGAUGCCUCGCGAUGAUUCACAUUUACUCGUCCAAGACUGGAUGUCCACCUACGACCACGCUAAGCAACGCCCUCUCUCUGAACGUAUGGACCUUGAUGUCCUCGCCGAUCAGCAAAUUCCUCCUGCUCCCUUCCCCAAAGAAGAUCAUUCUACGCUUCCGUAUCCACAUUCUCGUCCAGCCCCGCACCCAACUCGGUUGUCUUCAACAGAGCACUACUGUCUCAAGAACGGCCACAUCUUUCACCCCAUCAACCUCAAGACCGUGCCUGAUGAGGUCGCCAUCAACAGUCUAGCAGUCCGGCCUUACAUGCACACUGCUGUUGGCUAUAAACAGCAUGUUUCCGUCCCUGUUUUCUGCGAUAGGUGCGAUAGAGAUGUCAAGGAAGAGCUUUGGGAAUGUGACAUCGCUGUUUGUCGUAUGGGAGUCUGCAGGCGAUGUGCGGAGGACAUGGAGCAUGAAUGGCAGGAGCGUGUUGCUAAUGCUUGGACCCAUUGA